UUUAAAUAAUCAAAAAGAGGAAAGUCAAAGCAUUGUUGAUAAUGAAGAGGAAAGUCAAAGCAUUGUUGAUAUGAAGAAAAAAGUCAAAGCAUUAUUGAUAAUAAAGAGAAAAGUAGUCUUUUAA